CCACUCCAAGCAAAAUUCAAAACUAGCGCUCCGAAAGUUUCACUCUCCAAGGCAUUUCUCAGUUCUGAUCAAAGAACAUUUCGAUUCCCUUUCCAAUGGAGGCAGCGAAGACGUCGAGGGGAGCGGGAGGACGAAGAGGUGGAGACAGGAAGAAGUCGGUCUCGAAGUCUAUGAAGGCUGGUCUUCAAUUCCCCGUUGGUCGGAUUGCUCGGUAUUUGAAGAAGGGUCGCUACGCUCAGAGGACAGGCUCUGGUGCUCCGAUCUACCUCGCCGCGGUUCUUGAAUAUCUCGCUGCUGAGGUGCUGGAGUUGGCAGGGAAUGCGGCACGUGACAACAAGAAGAACAGGAUAAACCCGAGGCAUGUCCUUUUGGCCGUGAGGAACGACGAGGAACUGGGAAAGUUGCUACAGGGGGUAACCAUUGCUAGCGGCGGAGUUCUACCGAACAUCAACCCCAUCUUGCUGCCCAAGAAAACAGCUACUGAAUCUGACAAAGCAUCUAAAUCGCCCAAGAAGACCCCCAAAAAGGCCUAGUCUAGUAAAGAUAGUUCAAGGGAAGAAAAAGAAAAGAAAGCCCUCUUUUUGUAUAAUGAUCUCUGUGUAUGAGAUUGUUUUGUUUAUUAUUAGAUCUUAAUCCUAAUUUAGUAUCCUCUUUGCUUGGAAGUUUCUGGUGCAUAUUGUAGUUGCUUAAAGUUAAACUAGUUAAUGAAAAUCUAUCGGUUUUCUUUA